AUGAAGUCCAGAAAUCCGAAACCCAAAGAAUGCCGCUGGGCUGUGGCCCGAGGUUACGCGUGCCGGCGCUUGGCAGACCCAGUUGACAGGGCAUGGUUCUCCGAGCUCCCUGCCCGCGCCCAUCGCCGCGUGCGCGAACUCUUCCUGUGCCUUGAAUACUGGCCUGUAGCUGGUGCAUCCCUGAAUGGUGUCUAUCUCCGACUAACGCUGCCAGCCGGCCGCGGUACGCAACUCCGGCAAUGUCUCGCGGGUUUGGGAGCGCGAGCGCAACUGGAUGUCCCAGGUUUGGCGGCCGCCUUGGAGGCCUUGCUGCGAGGACAGUGUCGGCUGCCUGAGACGUUCGCCCGUGUCUACACAGCGGUAGACACGCUGGAGACCACUGCGGGUGCAGGCAUCGACGCUCCCGACAACGCAGAAGUUCGAAACAGAUGCCCCAAAGACGGGAGACUAGCUGACGUGAAAGGCAACUCCCAUAGCGCCGCCACUGAAGAAGUGCUCCAGCGUUCCAUCUUCCAUCCAGCCGCUUGGUCAUGGUUGGAUAUCGCUGCAGAACAGUUUACUUGGGAUGAUGAGCUGCGAGCACUAAGUGAAGAGGAGGCCGCCGUGAAGGCAGAAAGGUGUGUUUGGGAGUUGCCUCAGAAUUUGCUUGUGGCCCAGUGCUGUGACCUUCUCGUCCUUGGCGACGUCUAUGCGCGCCACGGGGAGGUGCAGCUGAAGCGAUACUUUGAGGCUCGGGGCGUGCCUGUGGCCCCAGACUCUGCUGAGGCCAGCAAAAGGAACUGGAUCCUGGGCCAUGCUCAGCAACUUCCUGACUUUGCGCAGGCCUACAUGAAGAUUAGGAAGAACUUGCUCCUUGCUGCAGAGGACCCGGCCCUCUCCCAAAAUUAUCGAGGGACAUCAGAAUUCAUGGAAGACUGA